AGAGAGUGACGUGCCUCAGGCUGGAGCGCUGCGCCGUGGCACAAGGCGGCCCCUGCGAAUGUGUGACACUGAACCAGGGGGACGCAGGACGGGAGAAAGGCUUUAACUUAUAAGGAUUAACAAAGGAAACUGAAGCAUCCACUGAAACAAACAGGCAAAUAUUCAGAAAGUGACUGUGCGCAGUGACUGUGGACUUUGAGGAGCGACUCUGCGCUGAAAACAAAGACUCAAGGCAUCAAGUUCCGGAGCUUUGAACUGCGACCAUUUCUCAGACUAUAUUCAAAUGCGGGACAGAAAUACGUCAUAGAAGUCAAGAUGACAGAAGGACGGCAGUGCCAGAUUGAUCUCCUCGAUGACAGAAAGCUUGACCUUCUAGUUCAGCCAAAGCUGUUAUCUCGUGAGUUGUUAGAUUUGGUCGCGUCCCAUUUUAACCUGAAGGAAAAAGAGUACUUUGGACUAUGCUUCAUAGAUGACACGGGCCAAAGGAACUGGCUCCAGCUGGAUCGUAAAGUCCUAGAUCAUGCAUUUUCCAAAACGUCUGGUAAUGUGGAACUUCAGUUCCUCGUAAGAUUUUACAUCGAAAGGAUAACCUAUCUGAAAGAGAACAACACAGUGGAACUAUUCUUCUUAAAUGCCAAAUCUUUAGUCUAUAAUGAGACCAUCGAAGUGGAGAGUGAAAAUGUCUUCAAAUUAGCCGCAUUCGCACUGCAGGAAGCAAAGGGAGACUAUGAAAGCUGUGAAUCUGCCAGGUCUGACUUAAAGCAGCUGCCGGUCUUACCCACACGAGUCCUGAGGGAGCAUCCAUCUCUCACGUAUUGUGAGGACCGAGUCAUUGAACAUUACAAGAAAGUGAAGGGACUGACCAGAGGACAGGCAAUCGUCAAGUAUCUGGCCCUGGUGGAGUCGCUGCCCACGUAUGGAGUCCAUUACUACCCUGUGAAGGAUAAGCAGGGCAUCCCGUGGUGGCUUGGAGUCAGCUAUAAAGGCAUCGGCCAGUACGACCAACAGGAUAAACUCAAACCGAGAAAGUUGUACCAGUGGAAGCAGCUGGAGAAUCUGUAUUUCCGAGAGAAGAAGUUUGCGGUGGAGGUGAACGACCCGCACAGAAGAACAGUAACCAAACGGACAUUUGGACAAGCUGGCCUGGUUAUUCACUCAUGGUACGCCAGCCACUCUCUGAUUAAGACCAUCUGGGCCAUGGCCAUCAGUCAGCACCAGUUUUACCUGGACAGGAGGCAAAGCAAAGCGAUGAUGACUACAGCCAGAAGCACGGGUGACAUUGCAGUGGACCUCACAGAAAUCCACGCUCCACGCAUCACUAAGCUCUCCAAAAUGGAAAGCAAAGACCAGCUCAUUAUGGCCAGCAAUGGCAGCCUCAUUUCAGCCGGUUCGGCCGAGUCUGAAGUGAACGAGGAGCAGAAGAAAGAGAAACUGUCUGAGCUGAAAAAGAAAGAGAAGAAUCUUCAAGAAGCUCUGGCGCUGAAGCUGGAGGAGCUGAAGAAGAUGUGUUUGCGAGAGGCUGAGCUUACAGGAAAAUUGCCUAACGAUUAUCCUUUAGCAACCGGGGAAAAAGCUCCUCAGGUCCGCCGGCGUGUUGGGACAGCCUUUAAGUUGGAUGACCUCUUCCCCUACGAUGAGGACCCACACCUCAGGAAUCUUGAGAGCAGAUUUGCCUUGCAACAGAAGAUCGUAGAAGCCGCGAUGAAACUAGCCAAUGAGGCCGAUUUGUGUAAAACGGUAAAGAAGAAAAGAAAGGGCAACUUUUUAGAUGCCAUGAGGAAGCUGGAGGAGAUCGAGAAGGAGAUUAAUACUUACAGGGUUAAGAAGGGGAAGGUACCUACGCAACGAGCAUCUCUUAUAUUAGCAGAUGAUGUGAACAUUUCAGACCUCAGCUCUUUAUCAGACAGCCUCACUCUGGAUGACGAUGAGGAUCUCAGUUCCCAGAGACAGAGGUCCAGAUCGGUGCAGUACUCUCCGCGGCCACAUCACGCAGACACGCUGGACAUCCACUACAGCAAAGACCGCCGUUGUUCAGCCAACGAGCAGCAGGCCGACAGCAGAUUAAAUUAUGGCCAGGACCCAUACUACUACACGAACUGUGACGCCUUAUCGAGUCCAUACAAGCAGCCCUCCAGGCAGCCACGUGAUGCUCGCAGCAUGCCCCCCACCCCCCUCCUCACACGCAACGCCUACAGCAGCACACAGCUCAGAUCAGAGGGACCAUCACCUCACUUCCGACAGCGAAGCGGUAGUCUGGAGUCCCAGUCUCAGUUCCCCGAACCUGACCCUCCAAUGCCCGCAUUUGUCAUCAACUCAGCCCGACGCAGCAACAGCACUGAGGUCCUCGAUGAUGGCUCCUCUUACACCAGCCAGUCCAGUGUGGAGUACAGCAUCCCUGGCAACCACAACCACCAUAACCCACGCCGCAGGAUUCGUGGGCGUCACAAGAGGGAUCUAUAUGCAAACAGCGGGAGCAUGCCCAAUCUGGCUCAGCCAGACAUGCGCUGCCAUGCAUACCAGCCCAGGGCACGACCGUCCACCACUGCUUACUACGUCACAGGAUACCCCUCUUACCCAGACCCCGAGCCUUACUGUAAUGGCACCUACAUGUACGACAAUGAGAUGGAGGGACAUUACAGUGUUAACGCGUACCACCCUAACUCCACAGCCUAUCACAACAGUGAUGUGCACAGUUACUAUGGAAAUGAUGAGGUGGAUGGUAUGCAUAACCUCUAUGCUACUCUGCGGCCACCCAGAAAUCGCCCAGCACCCCGACCUAACGAGGAUCGCAUGAAGAACAUGAAGAAGGCAGUUGUGGCGGGGCAUCUGAGGGACUGGUACCAGCGUAACACAGCACAGAAACAACCCAUGUACAGCUACGACUAUGACAGAGGCUCCCAGCACAGCAUUGGCUACCAGACCAUGCCUGCUCCAUACUGCCACAGCAACCGCACUAUCGCCUACUCCACAGUUUCUUCUACAGAGAAUUGGCACAGCCACAUGUCAGAGAGUAUGCUGGAGUAUGACUUGCCUGUGCAUGCACCACAGUCCUACUCGUACAACUCAGUCCCCUACAGCCAUGCAGCCCACAGCAGAUCCUACAUCGACGUCAGCCAUUUGGAGAGACGCACCACUAACAGCCACCAAAUGCACCCCAACAUGGACCCAGCAGAGCAAAUUUACUGGCACGAAGAGUCCAAACCAGGAACUAUAGUCUAGUCCCGUGCACAACACAUUCCCCAGCUGACACUGUCAUGUGCCUUACACUGCACUUACCUGUUUUUCUGGCCAAGGACAGGCCUUUGAAGGAAAUGACUUUCAACCAUACAUAAAUGAAGUCUUUUUAUACUUUUAUUUUGUCAUAAAGCUUAAAGGAAAAGGCAGUGUUCCAAGGUUGCAUUCUAUUUUGAUGCACUAAAAGCCAAAGGAAAAGACGACUGAUGUUUUUAUUUUUUCACAAAACAUGAACCAGGGCCACUUUUUACACACGGAUAUUGAGCCACAAAGAACAACGGACCCACCUGCUUCUACACUGUGUAUGAACACUGGAAAUAUGAAGGAUUAGACAAGGACGAAUAAGGCCUUGUCAAGGAAAUGAAGGAUUGAGCUCUGUAAAAUGGUUCCUGAGAUGUUACCUGCAGGGUUAUUCUUAACUGGCUGAACCCCAAUUCACUGGGAAUGGAAAAGUAUUGUGUUUGCUACUGUCAGUACUUUGAUUUGAGCCAAGUUCUCUCACCAUCUGAGUAUUACAGACAUUUGUCACAGUCACUGCCACAACUGUCGCUGCAGGACGACGGGCCCAGUCUGUUUGAAUGGCUCCUUCAUCCAUGCUGGAAAUCAUGGACUGGUGCUACCACUGGCUCUUAAGAGAAAGACACUGUUUGUAAAUGUUGAUGUUGUACAUACACUGUUUUUGUAAUUUUUAAGAGCAUUUUUUUAUGUCACCUGAAAAGCAUGUAAUAUAUAGUAACAAUGUUGUUAAGCUGGUUCUUAGUAAUUUGUAUCAUUGAAUUUGUUCGGAUUAAAAAAUCAGUUUGUAUCAA